CAACAAUUUUUCUUUCUCUCCCAAUUCCCUUUUCACUUUUCUUCUCUCUCUCUUUCACCAACAUUACUGUCUCCAACAACGUUAACAUAAACAUGUUUACACCUUCCAACAUCAUCAAACACACUCGUCAUUACCUCAAACAAACCAAACUCAUCAACAAUAUCUAUAACAUGAACAGUCACUAUCCCUAUCCCAAAACUGUACGCAUACGUUACACCGACGAAGACGCCACCGACUCCUCCUCCGACGAUAACCAACCGCCGCGCCGCAGAGUCAAGACUUUCAUCAACGAGAUCGCCACCAUCGCCAACCAGGACAGAAACAUUCCGAGGAAAAACAACAGAGUCAUCAAGUCUACAUCUACACGUAAAAUCAAAACCAAAACUAGGGCUCCGGUGAUUCAACGGCAUCCGGUGGUUAACUCCGGGAAGAAAUACCGGGGAGUGAGACAGAGACCUUGGGGGAAAUGGUCGGCGGAGAUAAGAGAUCAUAGAAUGCGCGUGAGACUGUGGUUAGGAACUUACAACACUGCUGAAGAAGCUGCUAAGGAGUAUGAUAAAGCCGCCAUUAAAAUCCGUGGUGCAAAUGCGAUAACAAAUUUUAUUCAUCCGGUUCAGAACGUUUCCGGUGAAGAAUGUGUAAGUAACAACGGUGUAUCCGCCACUCCAUUACUUGGUCAGUGUAGCACUUCCGAAAGUGAACCCGAAACAGUGAAAGACGAUGUUGUUGUUCCGGUUCCAAUUAGAGGUGAAUGUGACAAUGAAUGUUCAGUUGUAGAAAAUGAUAAUAAGUUGAAAUCUGAUUUCGAGUCGGUUUUUCCUAUUCCUUGUGAUGAUUUAUUUGAUGAAUUUGAAAGAAAUUUUGGUAAUGAGAUAGAGAUGGAAAAAAACAUGUUGUUUUAUGCUGAUGACGAUUUUAGUGGCAAAUUUGUUGAUACUAUGAGUGAGAGUUUGGAUUUGAAUUGGAAGAGAGAUUAUGGUAUUUUUCAGGAUAUAGGGGAUUUGUUUAGUUUGGAUUUUGGUAGAAAUAAAGCCUAG